AUGAUUGGGGUAAGAAUACCAUCAAGUAUUGGUAAGAUGAAGAAAUUGCAAUCUUUGGCGUUUAUUGAAUCAGAAGGAAACGUUAUUAGACUUAUUGGAAGUAUGACCCAGCUUACGUUCCUUGGCAUUACAAAUGUGAAAGAAAGAGACGAGGAGGACCUAUGUGCCUCAAUUCAAGAGAUGAAGGUCCUUUCCCGCUUGUUUUUAUUUGCAGCCGAUGGAGAGGAACUUCUACGAGUCGACGCAUUGUCUUCACCGCCUCCCUACCUUGAUAGGCUUUACUUGAAAGGCAAACUGGAAAAGGUACCACAUUGGUUUUGUUCACUCCACUCUCUCACAUAUUUGGAACUGCGUGAGUCCAGACUUGAAGAAGAUUUACUACCUCAUAUUGAAGCGUUACCCUCUCUACGUUCUCUUUGGCUUGUGAAUGCCUCUGUUAGGAAAGAGUUAUGUUUCAACGGAGGCUUUGUGAAGCUUCGGCAUUUGUGGUUUAGGGAUCUCGCAUUAUUAAAUAAGAUAACUAUAGAAAAAGGGGCGAUGCCAAAUCUCGAGUUCUUAGUCAUUGAUAGUUGCUUGACAUUAGAAACAUUGCCACAGGGUAUUGAGCACCUUACUAAACUACAAGGAUACAGAUUUGAUAAUGUUUCAGAGCAGUUUAUGGAGUCCAUAGAAGAAGGAGGUGUGGAUCAUGCAAGGAUGCAACUCGUCGACGAGAGAUGUAAGAAAUAUGCAUACAAGUCCUGGGAUUGA